GAUAGUCAGGCGAGAGAUGGGAGAGGCUGCGCGUUCACGGUUCCUUUUCUCGCUCCGCGGCGGCGGGAACGCGCAGUGGUUCGCACACUCGCUGGAGAGGAAAAAAGCGCCGUCGGAUUGCAACACUCACCCGGAAGAAUGUUCCGUCCACGGCCAUUCAGCCACGCUGUCCACUUCUGCAAAAGUCGUGUGAGAGGAUCCAUUACAUACGAGGACUCGAGUUUUUUCGACCAUUAAACUUGUUCCAGAGGAUUGUAAACUCCGAGCGUGAUUUAUAAGACACGGGGAUUGAAGUUAACAUUGGACAGGUGCAAAAUGGCGAGAAGGCUCCUGCAGCUCCUUGCCUUGUGGACUACUGUGACUGGCAUUGUGCAGUGCUGUCCAGAGCUCUGCAACUGCCUGGAUAGAUUCGCCCACCAGUUUGCUGACUGUGCUUACAAGGACCUGCUUGUAGUACCUGUGGGUCUCCCCUCCAAUGUUACCACUGUGAGCCUUUCUGCCAAUAAGAUCAGAUUACUGAAAAGUAGAAGCUUCGUCCAUAUCCCUCAGGUCACCUCUCUCUGGCUGGCCCACAAUGGGAUCGUUACCAUAGAGACCGACACCUUAGCCCCCCUGAUUCAUCUCCGCAACCUGGACAUCAGUCACAACAAAAUUGUCAACUUUCCAUGGGAGGAUCUGCACAACCUCACUGCCCUGCAGCUUCUGAAAAUGAACAACAAUGAGAUGGUGAACCUUCCAAGGGAUGCCUUUUCCACGCUCAAACACCUGAGGUCACUGCGCAUUAACAAUAACAAGUUUACCACGAUUGUGGAAGGUACCUUCAGUGCUCUCUCCUCCAUGUCCCACCUUCAGAUUUUUAGCAACCCCUUCACAUGCUCCUGCAGCCUGGAGUGGCUGAGGGACUGGAUCGAAAAAACGAAGAUUUCUGUCCCCGAGCCAGAUUCAAUUGUAUGUGAGGCCCCUGAACACCUGAAAGGCACAAUGGUUACAAAGAUUCCUACACUGGACUGUAGGGCCCCUACUGUCACUAUAACCUACCAGCCCAACAUAAAGAAAACAGAGCUCUAUGAGGGUUUCAAGGUCAUCUUAAAUUGUGAGACAACAGGGAGCCCCAAACCACAAGUCAGCUGGGAGGUGAUUGCCGGAAAUCAAAAUUACCUGUUCCCCCUGCCAUCCACUGGAGAGAUAAAUGAUGCACCAAUUAAUGAUAAAACAACCAACAAUCGAUUCCUUGUCUUUAGAAACGGCACUCUCAUCGUCCCUCAUAUGAGCAAGAAGGAAGAUGGAAAUUACAGCUGCUCUUCGGUGAACGACUUGGGUAAAGCAGAGAGUAGUGUUAGAUUGGCAGCCACCCAGAAACAUGCCAGCAACUCAGUGGACCAAAUCCAUCCGUCUGUUAAAAAGCCUAUAGAUUCCAUAACCUCCAAAGAGAACAACUGGACCCACCCUGGAGAAAAGAAAAAGACAGUGAAGCCUGGAGAUUUGUCAGACAAAGAGAAUGGCGCAGGGUCGGUUGACACCUUUGCGAGCAAGUGCGGCGUGAGAGAGAGCAGUGAAUACAUCUCCAACCAUGCCUUCAACAUGAGCUUGGAUGACACGAAGCAGUACACUUUUGAUUUAGGUGUUAUUGCAUUAGAAGUGUCAGAGACGGAGGCCAAAGUGCAGCUGAAUCCGCUGCAGUUUCCCAGCAGAAAAUCUAACCUUCAUCUCAGUCCAACUAAAAACCAGGAAACAGUAAAUAAAGAGCCUGUGGGUUUGUACCAGUCCUCGUCCAGUAAAGCCACCCUGGUCAUGCUCUACCUCUGUGUAAAUACAGGAAAAGGACACUCCAUGGUGCAGUGGUCCAAUAUAGAGGUGGGGGUUAAUGCCUACCGCUUCCAUGGUUUAAAGCCUGGCACCAAUUACACACUUUGUCUCACCUAUGGGGGGGAGGACUGCCAAGUCCAAGUAGUCUUCACAACUAGGAAAAAGAUCCCCUCCCUGCUUAUCAUCGUUGUUGUCAGCAUUUUCCUACUGGGUCUGGCCACUGUUCCUCUGUUGGGGGCCACCUGCUGCCACUUGUUAUACAAGUACCAAGGGAAGACCUACAAGCUGAUCAUGAAAGCUCAGAAUCCGGAUCAGAUGGAGAAACAAAUGGCUGGAGAUUUCGAUCCCAGGGCGUCUUUCGUGGAGUCAGAGAAAACGUUCAACCCCAGCGACCUAGGUGAGGGGGAGGGAGAGGCCGAGGGAGAGUUGGGAGACGGAGACGGAGAGGCUGAGGGCAGCGUGGUGACCGAGUCCAUCCCCGGAUCAUCAUCCAAAACCAACCAGGAGGAGUUCGAAGUGGGCUCGGAGUACAGUGACAGAUUACCGCUGGGAGCCGAGGCAGUCAACAUCUCGGAGGAGAUCAACGGCAACUACAAGCAGCCAAGCCGCUGAGCUCCGCUGAUGUCCGCCAGUGUAAUGUAAAAUAUUUUACUUUUAAGUAGCCUACAUUCAAGCAGGUAACUCACCCACCAUUACUACACGUGAAAAGCGAUGGCGCCUGAUAAAAGAAAAGAAAAAAAAAAAAAAAGAAGAAAAAAAAGGUGGAUCUUUGAAUUUCUUAAUUUUUACCUCAGAAAGUACUCCGCCAAUCACCGAGACUGUGAAUUGAUUCAUGUGACAUUUGUAGUCUACUGUAAGGUUAAAAUAAGCAACAUCCGUUUACAGCACAAGCACAGAUUUCUGGUUUAUCAGGACCUGAAAUAUGAAACGAAAGCGACGAAGUGUUGUUCCCCUCCCGCAGGACAGAUACCCACAUGGGCAUCGGCGCCAAUUUGUGCGACGCGAGGAGAGUUGUGCUUAAUUCAAGGCAAAAAAAAAAAA